AUGCCUUCUCCUCGCGCCUCGCCUGCUCUGAGGCCAUCGUCGCCCAUGUCAUCCCGCUUUGAGCCCACGCCACGCUACGAAUUGCGGCCUCCAUCACCUCGCGGUCUUCAUCCUCGCUCUGCCGCCACAUCUUCGCAGAUGCGGCACCGCAACCCGGCCGCUGCCAACACACUCAAGUUGCCUGGUCUGCCUCGGUUCCAUCCAGCAAACUUUCCUUCGUCACAAUCAUCAUCCNACUGCAAACACCCCGGUACCGGCCCCACGUCGCCAUCCAACCCUCCAGUCAGCCCCAAGGCCCAGCAAAGGCUCUAUUCCGAGGCUCAGAAGCAAUUGUACCUUUACCAACGGGAGAUUUUGGCUGCUCAGGCUGCCGUCACCGCCGCUGCAAAUGCAACUUCUGGAAGACCGCAAUCAGCUCGCUUUGAGAAGCCAUUAAGCCCUCGCCUUGCACCACUAGGCAGCCCUGGUCCUGUAACGCCGCUCGAACUGGAAGGUCAGGAUGGCUACAUGCUGGCAGGUGCACAUGCGUCGUCUGCUGCUGCUCACGCUGUCGCUGCCCAAGAAGCUGCGGCGCAGCUCUCAGCUCAGCACUCCGAUCUUGUCGACAAACUCAUCGAACAAGAAGUCCGUCGUAGCACGGAUCUGGACCGCGCCAUGGAGAACGUCACCCGAUGA